AUAUUUAUUUGGGUGCGAGAUGUCUGCCCUGAGGUUGAUUUCUAACAGAACCUCCCAGCAGGCCUUGUCUAACUCUGAUUACACCUGGGAGUAUGAGUACUAUGAGUAUGGACCAGUGUCAUUUGAAGGCCUGAAGGCUCAUAAAUAUUCCAUUGUGAUUGGAUUUUGGGUUGGUCUUGCAGUUUUUGUCAUCUUCAUGUUCUUUGUCUUGACCUUGCUGACAAAGACAGGAGCACCACAUCAAGAAAAUACAGAAUCUUCUGAAAAAAGAUUUCGGAUGAAUAGCUUCGUGGCAGAUUUUGGAAGACCUUUGGAGUCGGAGAGGGUCUUUUCUCGUCAUGUAGCUGAAGAGUCCCGGUCACUUUUCCAUUUCUGCAUUAAUGAAGUGGAACACCUUGACAAAGCGCAACAAAGUCAGAAAGGUCCAGAUCUGGAGAGUAAUAUCCACUUCCAGGAAGUUUCCAGGAGCAGUGGAACAAUGGAGGAGGACCUACAUUGUCUUACAAAAUUUAACAUUCCUAACUUUGUGAACACUGAGCAGAAUUCUUCACUAGGUGAGGAUGAUCUGCUCAUCUCAGAGCCACCUAGAGUUUUAGAAAGCAAAAUGGCCAUGCAAUCUUCUCAUCGGAUCCUUGACUGAAAAUUUCUUAAGGUAAAAAUUGCAGUUGGAAGCCCUUCUCCACCUUCUGGCUAUUUUGGUAGAAGGUAUUUCAGGCAUGUGCUUUUUUUUUUUUAUUGUAUGUAAGAAUGGCUGUGCUGACAGAACAGUCCACAUGAUAAU